AUGAUCGUGAGUUUAUUUUAAAUUACAAGAACUCUGUUUUGCUCGGACUGUUCAGAUGUUUUUAUAUAUUUUUAUUGACUUUGUUCGAAUUGUAGAUUAGUUUUAACCUGCAGGUUAAAAUUGCACGUGCAUAUAUAUAUGCACGUGAAAAUAUAUUUUCACGUCGUCUUUACAUGACGGUCGCGUACGAGCAAACUGGUUUCUAUGGAUAAAGUUUUUCUUUAUUCUAAUGUAGCAUUUGACCUAUUUGAUCCGACUAUAUAUGCACUUGGAUGCGGCUUCUUACCGGAGUCGGUUUAGUUUCACGCCAACUCCUGGAGUGGAAAGUAACAAAUUCUGUCAACCUGACUCCGUGGGACUAGUGUAGUUAGGAUGCCAAACGAGUUUAUUGCAAGGCGUUUACGAAACCCCGUUUAGUAGACCAUUCGUAGACUUCACGGAACGCGCAUUCGGCCAUCUCCUCAGUGCUCAUCUGUGGGCUUCAUCGUACUCCCGGUUUCGAAUGUGUCGAUUACCGAACUUGUCAUUCUCUUUCAGUACAUAAGUUCUAAUGCAAAGGACACCAACAACCCAAGAGGAUACUAGUGUCGACAUAUUUCACCAGAUCCGUCAUGUUGGCAUUAUUGCGGGCAAUUCGAGCUCUGCCUCUUUUCAGAAGACCAACUGUUAGUCUUAUCUUGAUGUUCUACCGACGUGUCAGUCAGACUACUUGUAGGAGUUAGUGCAGCUGCACCCGCUCGAUUUUCAGGAAAUGUCAGUCUAAAAUCACACAAUCAAUAAUUUGUGUAACUUACUCAAGUCGAGUUUCUGAUUGCAUGUAGUUCAUAAGUAGCCGCCCAUGUGCUCCUGUUUGUAUAGUAUCCAUUUUGCCGUGCUAAUGAAAUAGAAACGCAGUUAUCAGUACUCGUCCGUUUUUUUUCCAGGGGGCCCAAAUGAAAUAUUUACCGUUCUUUUUUCUGCUAUCUUAAGAAGCACUGCUUCCGAGCGCAUCUCCGGCUCCCAGCCCAGAAGGUCGUUUCUGUGCACUCCACUUUUUAGUUUGUGUAUCAUAAUUGCUGAUAUCAUCGCCGAAGUGCAUUCUGUAAUCCAAGAAUCUACGGGUUCGUUAAUAUUUAUUAGCAGCCCAAAACGCGCAAUUCAUGUGUGGCAGUUCUCAUUCUGACCUAACGCUCCUUUUAUUUCUGGCUCGAACAGCCGUUACCUGCUUGGCGGUAAAUGUGUACAUUUCGACGCAGUUUAAAAACGAAAAAACUGCCUAUUUUUAACGUGAAAUAGAUUAUUUGGAAAAAUAGCAAACAGUAUUCCUCGACUUUUUGGUGCCGGGUUCCUAGGUCGCUGUUAGACACCCAGUAACUGCGCAAUACAACUAACAAAAAUUAACACCUGUCUAGCGUUUGUACCAAAUACCUGUAAACGGUCUUCGUAUGUUACCCUAGGCCCUAUUUCUCCUUGACAUUUUUCUACAUGGCUUCCAACUCGAUAUGCUGACUGAUGCGUGAGUCAUAGCAUAUGUUCCUCCGAGAUUCCCAUGCAUGGACGGAUAGACACCAGCAAUGCGAGUUUUGUCCCAAGUAAUGGUGUUCCCAUUUUCCAUGGGGAACGAGUGGUUUUGCCUUUUUUCUGUCAUUUUAUGUUCAUGUAUUCGUACUGAGGCAGAUUUCUCAGCCUGAAAACAUACUGCAUCGUAUGGAAUCUUGUAGACAUCGUUUUUUUUCCAAGUGGAUUACUUUCAUAGGGUGUACAAACCGAAUCAUAGCAGAGUCGUUUGUCUGGUUGCAUCUAGUGCCUCCUCCAUAACUUUCGAUAACUUCAACGCUAUUAAUGUAGGGGAUGGUUCGUCAGGUCGUUUGUAUGCGUCAUAACACGGAAUGCACUUUGUCAAUUUCUUAGAAAAUGGGAUUUUUUUAUUACCUUGUCAGUAUAGACUUACUUCUUCAGCCACUUAUUGCUGUGAAGUGUCUCAAUUUAGGCGUUAUCAAUGGAAGAUCCGUAAUUUAUAAUUUCUGUGUUGCAACCUCAACAAGGAAGUCAGGAAGACGACCAAAUGGGAGAUUCUUUCAGUACAGUCACGCCGGUGAAUGAGAAACUAAUGUUUGUUGAUAUGGGUCCCCUGUCGUCAACCCUUAUGGCCGACGUAAACGCAAAAGGAAGUAGUGUAUGGGCCGCGGCAGAUGACACGAGUUUUCGCUGCUUCUACUGCAUAUAAUACCGCGCGCAGGGAGGACGCCGGCGUGCGGGCGAUAAAAAUGCCAAAUCGGUUUCAUUGUCAGCGUUUGCCUCAGAAAGCCCAUUUAUGCAGAACAGGGAGUCGAAUUUCUGUGGCACCAUUCCUCUUUUAAAACUGAGACCUUGUAGUUCUCCCUAGCGUCUGAAACAGUUUUUCGCAAAGCUGGUGCGGUAUGCCCUGGACUUGAAUAGGCGACAUAAGUAAGCCUCUCCCUUCUUUCGCAGACCACCGUCGCCGUAGCAGAUGGAAAUGAGUUCAGACAACUUUUUUGAGCCGCAGGCGUUGCCCUCGUAUUUGAGGUAAUUAUCUGCACUUGAGCCUUUUAGAUGGACGUUUGUUGCGAGGCCUCCAUCAUUCGGUCUUCGAAUAUUCACGCCCAGAAACGGGAGAAUGUCCCCUGCUGUCUGUUCGCGAGUAAAUUGUAUAGCUGGUGCACUUGUUCAGCUUCACGGGUGUGUCGUAUACGUAACGGGGCAACGUUUAUGGGCCGAGAGUUCGAACAGCAUCCAUUUCUAGUCGUCGUAGAACUAGUUCAGCGAGUAACGCCAAUUUUGGAGGGCGUACGGGAAGCUUUUAAUCUGGUAAUUAAAGCUGUCAUCGGAUUGGCAGUAAUUCUGUGGACAGAGCCCAAGAAUGUUUGAAACCUGCUGCAUUGGCACACCAAUAGGCUUCGACCUGCACUUUUAAUUGCAAGGUUAUUUGAUAUUGGGAAAAAUUGGGCAGCGAGGCCAAAUGAUAAAAUGGGUUUAUCAGAACUUGCCUUAAGACCUUAGACUUUCGAAAGAAGUACUUACCAGUUUUGGGUGCUGCAUUAUCAGCCAAAAGUUAGAUGCUUUUUGUGCCUGCAUAGCCACUUAGCACACUGGUUUCAGUAUAGUGAACUCACUCACCUUACAACUGCGAUCUGCUCGCUAUACCCCCGACGAGUGCGAUGCAGGCCUCACCGUCAUCAAGGACUGUUUUGUGCAGCAUCGAUAUGACCGAGCUUUUCUUUUUUAGAUAGGAGACCUAUUUUAGCUGGCAUGAGACUCCUUUUCGGAAAGUUGACAACUCGUUAAUAGGACAAAAAGAGGUUUAAGUUUCUUCUUGGAAAUCGUCUCGCCUCAUCAUUUUACCACACUCCGUGGUGGCUUUUAUGCGUCGCAGUCCAUCUAUGAAUACACCGACUUCUAAGGUCAGAACUUGCUGUCUAGAAUCCGAAAUGACGGCGGACACCCAAAAUACCGUAACUCAAAACACGGAUUCUAUUUCUGCUCUCUAUUAGCGCUUCAGCCUCAUUCGGCAGAGUGGACAUGAGUCGAAGGGAGUUCGAUAGGAUGCGAUGAUUGCGACGACCCGUUGCCCUGUCGGUUGCGACUGAAAUUACUAAUUUAGGUGGAAAGUGGUUCAUCGAUCGUGCCACGGCACGUGCUCGUCCCAUUAUGCCUUGGGACUCAUCCGGGCGCCCUCACAGACAGUCACGCAGCAACCAGUGCAGAUACAGAAGGCAACACCGACGAGGAUAAGAAGACUGAGCUGGUCAUUUCGGGCUUAUUAGCCGUCGUCAUGCAUCUGCUAGCCCAUUGUUUUUGUCAUAUUUGGCAUUUUCCGCUUUAAGGCAUUACUUACCCCUGCACGUUUUCGGACACCAAAAUAUAUUCAGCGUCAUUCUGGCUCAAGUUUGUGACUUUCAGGCGCCUUCGCCGACCUAAUCCUCAAAUUUAGAUGGCAUAUAUUUUUUUAUAAAUUUCAAUAUAGAAGUUGAAUGUAUGUCGUUAAUUUAGAACUGUCUCUACGAUCAAAUACCUAUCUGAUAUGCUUGAGGUCAAGCCUUGACUACGUCUGUCAAUCGAAUCACGCACAUAACACGUUUCUCUAUCUGUGAUCCAAGAAACGCGCUGCAAAUUCCAGCGCUUCCCAGUGGGUUGUAUUGCCUCAAUCGACAAUUUUUUCAAUAACCCUAUGUGGCGCUUUACCUCCGUGGCCUAGAUAGGAGGUCACUGGCAAACGUUAAGGCAACCGUCCUCGCAUUGCAAUGUGUAGCUAGUGUAAUUGGUGUAGCUUGACAUCCGAUUGCAAUCUAUUGUAACAACGAAUGGAAUUUAUUUCCAUGAUAAAAGUGCAUUCGACUAUCCUCGAGACGUUCUUUGAGCAUUUAUGAUAGGGCCUCUGACGGUAGAGCUUGCCAAAAGGUAAAUGUGGAAUCACCGUCCCAACAGGUACUUUUUAACUUUGUACGUCAGAGCAGUUGGAAAACACAUUACGCGCCGUCGCGUUGAACAGUUUGAUGCGUCACACGCAGCUAUAAAAACUGCUUUUUGAAUUUGGUUUUAGAUGAGCAUAGCAGGGCAAUUCUGUAGCACACAUGCACAAAUAUCUCCUUGAAAAAUCCACACCGUCCGCUAGGGAAGUAAUUCUCAUCACGAAACUUUGUUGUAACAAGUUUAAGGCAUUCUGCUAUAAGUUUCAGAAAAAGUAUUCACCACGUCGGUCUACUACGCAAACAGAUUGGAAAACGACACCAAACCGCUUAUGUCAGUUUUUUACUCGGUCUUCCGUCUCCCGGGAAGUUUUAUCCAGAACGUAAAUCCAAGAACCUGACGACACUUCACAACCUUCGCGUUCAUAUCUAGUCCGUUCAUGUGUUCAUUGGAGCUGUGACCGUGCUAGCUACUUUUGUGACUUCUUGUCGCCUUUGUUGCGGUCGCCAGCGCGACAGCGACCGACGGUCACUAGCCUGACCCACCCCGACCUCAGUUUCGCGUCCACGUGGGUGAUUUAAGUGCGCACACCAUGUAUUCCCGUCUUUCUAUGCCAUCGUAAAAAUAUUCGUGAAUAGGAACCCCCCGUAAUGCAGGUGGCCUUGGACUAAAUUCCAGGAAUGACAUUAAUUCCCCCGAUCCAACCCUAUCUCAGCACUAGCAUAAGCAGCAAACCUAAACUUAAUCCCGAUCCUAAUCCUAACCUCAACCUCCUCGGGAUUUAGCACAAGGCCGUCUGUACUACGGGGGUUCUUAUUCCUGUGUCCUAUCGGAUUCCUGUCGCCGGCACAAAUGCAAUUGGCAUUUUUUAGGUUUUUUCCAAAAUCGUUCCCUUUUUUGUAAACAAUUAUCGCUUUCUUAGUUGUUACUUGCCUUACUUAAACAGUGGCGACAGGGACCGAUGGAUUCUCAUUAGUCCGACCCACCCCUACAGCAGUUUUCCGUUCACGUGCGUGAUUUAAGUACACGAACGAUGUGGUCCCGUCUUUGUGUAUUUAUAUCGCUAGUGCAGGUCCAAAUCACGCUUGUUGGAUCUUCCGAAGAGGUCUCCAUCUAUUACAAAAAUUCCUGUCAUAUAUGAACACUGGCACGUGUCUCGCCCUUGCCGGCGACCAGCACUUUUAUUUUCAGCCAUGACACUACUUUUUUGUAGUAACUUGUCGCCAUCAUUGCAGUUAGUCCCCAUCUGAAAGUUUUAAAUUCCAAGUCCACAGGAAUUACUCACAUCCGGUUGUCCUGACACAGUGUAACUGCCAGUUAAACAACCCGGCGACGUUUGUGGUCUCGGUUAUGUUAAAAGUACAUGUCACUGCUAAGCCUUCUCCAUCGUAGUUAGGUGCACAUGACUCUUUUCGGCUUGCCAUCCACCAGGCUCCUUGCCGUACGUGCGCGCGCCUUGUGAGCACUGCAACAGCGCUGGUGAGGUCGUUGCCCAAGGGGCUUCGAACCUCGGGAAUGCAGCCUGAGAUUCGGGGUGUCGCUGGCUGAUAGACUGGCAAAUAGGACAGAAAUGACCACUCAGCUGUCCCUGUCCUUGUGGGUAAAAGUCUGACUGUUAAAUACACCAUUUGUUCUCGGAAAAUUCACUUUGAAUGUCAACUUUCUUGGUAGUUGAAGUCAUAGGGUCGUCACACCUGACCGCGCUCGGCGAGUACAUUUUCAGAAAGAUUGUGCAAAUUCACACUUCGUGCACACCGGCAUGUCGGCCCCAUUUUAAGCCCUCCCGCCAUUUCUCGCGCUCUUACUGGCGUUAAUUGCCUGCCAUUGUGCAGAACACUUGUUUCUGGUGUAUUUUGAUGACACCUGAAAUGUACUCAUUUCUCAUGGAAACGGAUGACGGAAAAGUAGUCCAUUCUUUUUUGCAAAAUUUAUAUUUUGACUUGCAUUUGUUUUUUUUAAAUACUAUUUGCGCCUCCUGAGUUCCUUAUGCCUAAAAUAUCCGUCCUUUUAACAUAUUAGACAUACAGUAGAUAUGCUGUCUCAUGAAAUGUCACCUGAAAUUCUGAAGUGUGUUCCGUUUGACAAUUUUACCUAGUUAGGGUUGCCAUAUUUAUUAUCGUGUCGUACAAUCCUAAGAAAUCCCAGUCACGUCAGGAUGCCGGUUUCGAAUGAGCUUCUUACUGACCGCUGACAUAAAUUGUAUUCCAUAAGAAUGACUGUUUAAGUAUCAUAAACUUUUCGCAUUGACUCUUGAUACCCUUUUAAAUUCAAAUAUCUUUUAUAGAAAACAUGCAUAAAAAUAUUCUUUCUUCAAAUGACUUAGUAGCCAGCUACAUCUACUUCAAAUUUCAUACUUGAAGAAAAAGUAUCCUUCAGUUUUAAAAAAUUUACUCAAUUUCCGAAUAAUUUUGGACCGCACCUGUCGUUACACUUGUAUUCAGGGUUUCCGAACUACAAACUGUAUACUUUUCAUGCAAGGAAAAUCAUACAUUUCUAUAUGCUAUUAUGAGGUAGGCACAUAGGGCUCAUAAAACUUUGCAGUGCAUGUGAACCAAUUCAAAUUUAUAAGAAGCAUCCAUAAAUGUGCUGAUACGAUGCCGUACGAUCGGACAGUCCACGGUCUUGGAAAAUCUCAUAGCUAGAAACUUUUUUAAAGCCGAAAAUCACCCCUUCUUCGAGUAUAAAACUAGAAAAAGACGUUUUUUUUACUAGCAGUUCACUAAAAGGAGUAUUUUUCUGCAUGUUUCCUAUAAAAUAUGCUUGGAUUUAUAAGGGCAUCAGAAAUCAAUGCGGAAUGGUAGGGGACGCUCACCGAUCGUUCAUACAUUAUGCGACACGAUAAUUAGCGUGACAGCCCUACUUAGGUAAUCUUUUUGAACUGAGAACGCAUUUCAGCCAACACUUUAGGAGAUAGCACGUCCACUGUACGCUGACGCAUUUUGACGGUCGAACUUUUGAUAUACUGCCCUUGUUUUCCCUGCUUCACCCUGCACCAUUCCUUCGCCACGUUUUCAACUGCAUGUAUUCCCUCCCUCUCAGGAAAUGCUCAGUGGCAAAAAGACGUUUGCGGUGAUUCGGGCGGUCUACGAAAAUCGCAACUCUCCUGAAGACUUUGUCCGCGAACUGGACUUUGUCCUUGAAAAGAACGUCAACGUUGUCAUCAUUGAACCCGACGACCUAGGCGAGGUGACCUGGCGGUGGAUUAGAGCAGGGAACUGGCUUCACAAAACCGCCGUCCUGUCCGGUACGUAAAUCUAUAGAACCCAGGCGUUCUUUAUUGCUAUUAUUAUUAUUGACCUGAGUUUGCCAUCAUUCGUCGCUUUGUCCUCUCUGUCUUGUUUUUGACUGCUGACCGUCCUUCUGAAAAGUUCCUUCAAGCGCUCGACACUUCGAAGUCGUAGACGUUGGAAGUUUGAACAGCGGAUGGUGGUGGAACUGAAUUGGGAGAAGCGAUUGCGCAUUUUGGGUUGACGUGCGUUCAUUGUUCGUUGUUGUUUGUACACCUUCCUGACCAAAGGUCUGUAAGCGUCUGCUAUGCCAGGACCAGCAAACCAUGGCCCUCGCGGUCUGAUGCGCGUUGACGGUUCUCCGGCACCUGGUUCCCUGCCGGUAGAUGAGCUUGCACUCCCGCUGGGCACACAGGUCGUGUGCAUGGCUGCCCAGUCAUCCUCGCCCUCUUUCUGACCCGUUUCGUUGCUGUUAUUGCUGGUUAAAGUCCUGGUCAGGUGUCUUUUUGGACCAGGGGGUGUGGUGGUAUGCCUAGGUGCGGGUCCGGCCGUGCCAGCGAUCUGCACCCUCCCUCGCCUCCGGUCAUCUUGACUACGUCCUGACACCGGGUUCAGGGGGGGGGGAGGAAAGAGUGUGGUUUGAUACUUCUUUUUCCUAGAUUCCAAAACUGGCUCAUCGAUUCCAGAAAGCUCCUCUUAUUAUCGUCUAGGGCUGUUAUGCGUCAUCACUUCGUCGUCUGUCGUUCUUAAGUGUCAUACUUCGACCUUGGGACGUUCGGUCUCCCACGACAAUUGGCCGCUUGAUCAAGCUGUAAUGCGGUUGUCAUCUUUGUGAAAUAAAUUUUCGCGCGACGUUCUGACAGUGGUUUUGUUUUGUAAAAGUUAUGUUCGGCCAUUUAAGGCGAAAAUUUGGUAAACGGGCGCGAGUUUUCUGUAACUUCUCCAGUAUAUAGUGAAGCUAUGGCUGAGUCAGUAAUUGCUCCAUAAACAUUCAGGUAUUAAAUGUCGACUAUCCCUGGUGUGUAGGCCAAGUGUGGAGAGUGGUACGUCUACUUCAGACGGCCGGUUAUCUAGGGCACUUAACUCGCUCCGUGCUGCAUACCAGUGUCCGGUUUUGGCGUAUGCCCACUGCAGCGCCCGAAUGAAACUGGUUUGUGCUUUUGGGACUGGUUUUCGCAACCUGAUGGUCUUUUCUAAAAAUAGUCGACCUUCAAGUUAAGUCCUGGCAGUGUUGCCUUUAUGUGAAGCCUAGGCUGCACGGACGAUGGGAGGAGGGAGGGAGACCUUUUAUGAGCUUAGCGCCGCUGUUGCUGAUUCAUUUCCCUCCGUCCAGCUAAUGACCUGUCCCAGUCUCCCUCAAACUGGCCCACAACUGGGUGCUCGUUUAGAGCGCAGUACACAGCGCCCGUAUUCUGCGUAACACUUAGGCUUCGUGGACGUACGGCGUAUCACGAGUCUGGGCUGCCGCAACCAUCUUGACACUGAAAAGGUUAGUUGGAGACAGCCUUACCGUAGGUGGCGUAUUUUGUGAAGCACUAACUGAAAUUCCAAAAUGCGUUUUCGGUUAGAAGGGAUUACUUGGAUAGGGUUGUAGUAUGGAGUAUAGUGCGGCAUAAUCCCGAGAUAUUUAUUUCAGGCCAGGAUGAUUGCGCAUCUUUCCCACUGGUAAAAACAUUAACACUUAUGUUGCACGAAUCUUCUCCGUUGAUUGCCAGUGGCCUUAUAAAUCUAUGCUUAUUUCUAGAAAACACGCACAAAAAUAUCCCCUGCAUGCAAUUUGUAGCACCGUCCGCCUUUUUCAAAUUUUCUACUGGAAGGAAGGGUAUCUUCCAACUUUCUAAAAAGGGUUUUCAGUUUCCGAAUAAUUUGGAACACGACCUGUCAUUUCACUUGCGUUUAGGAUUUCCAAACUACAAACUGUACACUUUCCAUUUAAGAUAAAUUACAUUUUCAUCUUCACCUUUAAAAAGGUGUCAUACAUGGCUCAUAAAGUGGAUAUUAACUACGUUAUGUACUUCACAACGAACAUCAAUAAACGGAGGGAUGCGGUACUAUUUGAAUGGACAUUUCACAAUUGCAAACCUUCUAAACCCGGGAGGUACCCAUUCUUCAAGUGUAGCGUUUUAGGAAGACUUAAUUUGCCACAAAAUAAAUGCCAGAAGAAUAUUUUUGUGCCUCUUUUCUAUAUAUAUAUGGGCUUAAAGCCCAUCUAAAAUCAAUGAGAAUAUUAUGCUACUGAAGUAGCGAUUUCAAACGAGAGUGAUCUUUGUAUCUUCAAUAGCCGAUAUGCUGGUGUGACUGAAAUCUUUUGGGAUUGUGCCACCUGCCACUCAAUAUUGUAAUCCGAUCUAGGUAAUCAGUUAUGGCCGACAUCAGAAUUUCGAUUAACGUUUUAUGAGAUACCCUACCUAUUGCAAAAGCCGGUCAAGCGACUGCAAAACCGCGGCGAUGACUUUCACCGCCUGAGCCGUCUGUUGUCUGUUUCCGAAAGCCAAUUUCAUGUCGGAUCGUGCAUGUUUGAGUUAGUCCUGACUUCAAAAACAGACUAGGUGACGUAAAGACGGCGUGGUCCAGACAGGAUUUGUCAAUUUCGGCCUCACAGAAAGGUCUUGUAAGGUAGACUUCGCAUCAAAAGGCAGCGACUCGCAAACUAUGGCUCGAAGUUCUGUCUGGUGUCUGGGCGCGUUGAAAGAGUCUGACAUUCAUUUUACUAGUUAAAAGACAAAUUGACAGCCAUUUAAGGAGCAGUUACGUUGGCUAGACUGUAUUCUGUGCUCGCCAAUGGGGAUUUCUGCUGCUAUGGUUGAACAGCAGCUGGGUAGCCUUCCAAUCUCACGAUAUAUGCCCCCUUCUUCCGAAGUCUGCUAUCCGUAGACCGGUCUCAAUUUCAAUAGGCGCGUGUCCGGCAGAACACACCUUGAACCCUCCAGUUACAAAGACCCAUAAGCAUCUCGUGCGACUCCUGCGUCUUGCAUGCCUAUGCUACCGUUUCCGGGGUCCUCCCUCAUUGUCAUCCAGGGCAGUCUCGUUGGUGCCUAAACUGCAUUCUUUUCAAUGGGCCCACCUGGAGACACGAACGUUGAGACCACCCAUACUGGGAUUGACAGGAUGCGACUUUGCAGACCCCUAACCGAAUAUCGAGUCAACUGCGCUAUUUACUCAUUGCAAUCUCAUUCCACCCAAUCAACAGGCUUUCGUCUGUGACCCUAUAAGGCUGUGCUGAGCUCUGCGACCGCAAGCUGGCAGUCGCUUCGACUGGUAAUCCAAACUGAGCAUGAAUCAACCGGAGUGUCUCCUGCAUUGAGUGAAUUCGUCUGUGUAGUAUGGUUCUGUCGGUGUCGUUGAACAAAUUGCAGUACGUGUGGCCGAGGGCUUAUUGCCAGGUCAAUCAACACAUUCCUACCUGUCUUGUGGGCCAUUUUGUCUCAUUCUUGCCACUGGGACACGAUGAAAUUCGGAAGAGCCCGAUGCCACUCAAGUCCACCUCAUUAUGAUUUUGCCAAAACGCAAGUCAUCAUUGCCUCCCCGUAGGUAGUCAUGCUGGCUAUCAUUGCGCUGGACGGGUAAGGCAUGAGACAUAACGUCAAAGAAAAGGCAGACCCAAGUUCCUCUUGACAGGGAACUCCCAUGGAUGUCCACAGGUGUUGUUGGUAGUCUUUGCCUCCCCCUCCCAAAGUCAUUUCUCCCUUGAGUCGUUCGUUUCUAUCCUCGGGUUCUAUUUCUGCCGCUCCCUCUCUACCAAGACAUGCAGUCAUUGACCUGUCUCACAAAAUGCUAGCCGAGAUUAUGGAGUGCAUAUUCAAUUAGAAAGGAUUGCUUACGUAGGAUUGUAAUAUUGAUUAUCGUGCGGCAUAAUCCCACGAUUUUUCAGACACGCAAGGAUGUCAGCCUUUGAGUGCACCUCCUUUCGGCCGCCUGUAAGGUCCUUACUCUGAAAAAAAUGGCCAAUUAAGUAGUGUGAAUUUUUCUAUCGAUUUUAAAUUCUUAGGAGUUCAAGUAUGCUUUAUAGAAAACCUACACGAAAAUAUUCCUUCUGCUGCUCCUUUGGUAGCGAAUCACGUCUUCUUCAAAUUUUACACUGAAGUGAGGAGUUUAUUUGGGUCUUAAAAAACUAUGCAGUUCUCAAAUAAUUUUGAGCCUGAUACACCGCUGUAUUUGCGUCUAGGAUUUUCAGUUUGCAAGCUGUAUGCCCACCCAUGGGAGGAAAAUCAUACAUCUCUCUAUGUCAUUAAGAAAAUACCAUAUAGAGCUCACAAAACUUUGCAGCGGAUGUGGAUUAUGUUGUAUGCUUCACUGUAAUUUGGUCUACACGCAAGUCACCACUGCGUCCCAUAAGUAGACGAAUAAAGCAUGAAACAUAACAUCAACGAAAAGGCGGGCUCAAGUUCCUCUUGACAGUGGACCCCCAUGGAUGUUCGGUGGUAUUGUUGGCCGUCUUUGCCUCUCCGUCCCAAAGUAAUUUCUCCCCUGAGUCGUGCGUUUCUAACCUCGGGUUUUAUUUCUGCCGCCCCCUGUCCACCAAGACAUAGACUGUUCAUCGGUUGUGGUGCCGAGUACAACAAAAACCUCUCGCCACGUCGCUGCCCCUCACCUCGACCACUCAUGGUUCGGGCAGCACAAGUAACUGUGGAGAGUAAUCUCAUCACGACAGGGCUGUUAUAACACCUCAUUCCAACGUAGCUUUCUUAGUAAACAAUGAUGCGCACAUUUUCACUUACCUCUGUCCCCUCUUACGUUUUCAGGCCUCGCAGCUAUGGCGGGCACCUGCCUGGCGGUCUACUUCGAGGGCAGGAACCCCGGACGUCUCUCCUCCCUGGCCGUCAUGCCACUCAGCACUGGCGUUCGCCUCCUACCCGGCAUCUUCUUCGGUCUCAUGAGUGUAUCGUCGGCUAGCCUGUACACUCUUUUCUGGCAGUGGGAUCCCUGCUCUAAGUACCAGGUGGCCAAGUCACUCUCCGCUCUGCCACCGCGCAUCGCUGCGGCUGCCAUGAACUUGGACAACGGCUCCCCCCUCGCUUCUGCCUCCUCUUACGCUGCCUCCCCAGCCGCCUCCAUAGACGCGCGUCUCUCCUCUGGCGAGGAGGUGGACGUGUCAGUUCCGGGCUCCACCACCCCUCUUCCUCAGCCACAGUCCAACGAUGGUAGAGGUAGCAGCGAGUCGCGGCAAAAUCAUCCCCACCAUUGUCCCUCGUGUGGUCAUCACCACCAACAGGGCGAUGAAAGCGGAUCCUCCAUUCGCCCUGUGGUUCUCGUACGACGUGAUGAUUUCUAUCGCAAACUGGUGCACAAUUCCGUAUCCCUGACCGCUGCCGUCUGCGUGUGUUUGGCUCUCCUACGUCUUCGACCGAGCCGUUUUGGCGCUGGCAGUCUUCCCUAG